AUGAUGAAAAUCUCCAUUUUCACUCUUCUUUUUCACAUUCUUUGUUUGCUUGCAUUAAACACCGCACCCUUACAUGCAAACAAAGAAGAAGCUGAAGUUCUCUUACAAUGGAAGAACAAUGGCCUAUCAUCAUCAUCUACUUCUUUACUGGAUUCUUCCUGGUCUAUCAACAACCUCACAAAUGUGUGCAGUUGGGAGGGCAUUAUCUGCAACUCCGCUGGUUCUGUUUCAGAGUUAAAUCUACCACAUGGGAACAUCAGAGGUAUACUUGAACCACUUCGUUUUUCCUUACUUCCUAAUCUUACCCGCAUCAAUCUCAAUAACAAUAGUUUAAGUGGAGUGAUACCAUCUGCUAUCAGCAGCUUCCUUAAACUCACUUUUCUGGACUUGAGCAAUAACAACUUCAAGGGGGCAAUACCAGUAGAGAUUGGGCAGUUGACAGAGCUCAGGUACUUUAGUUGUUUCAGAAACUUUCUGGAGGAAGUGAUUCCAUUUGAAAUUAGCAAUCUUCAAAACCUGAGGUACCUGGAUCUGGGAAUGAAUAAUCUGAAAACUCCGAAUUGGUCUAAAUUCCAUGCUAUGCCUUUGUUGAAGCAUCUCAACCUCCGUGCUAAUGAGUUCAAUUUGGAUUUUCCAAAAGACUUGAUAACAAGUUGCCCAAAUUUAUCUUACCUUGAUUUGUCAAAAAAUCAUUUUACCGGUCAAAUUCCAGUGUUUGUGUUUUCCAAGCUAGAGAACCUGGAGCACCUUGACCUUGGUAACAAUUUCUUCCAAGGACCUUUUCCCAUUAGUCUGACCUACUUAUCCAACCUUAAAUUUCUUUGCCUUUCAUACAACAACUUUUCUGGAGCAAUUCCAAAAGAAAUUGGUUCAAUCACCAGUCUUCAAGCAUUGAAAUUGGCCAAUAAUUCAUUUCUUGGGAAUAUUCCACCUUCCAUCGGAAGCCUUAAACAUCUUCAGUUUCUUUCUCUUGAAAUGAAUCAACUGAAUUCUAUGAUUCCCUUUGAACUUGGGCUAUGCACAAAUCUUGAGUACUUGUAUCUAGAUAAUAACUUUCUAACAGGCGAGUUGCCUCCCAGCAUGUCCAAUCUUUCCAAGCUAGUUGUGUUAGAUUUAGGUCUCAAUAAGUUUUCAGGUCAAAUAGUACCACACCUCAUUGCCAACUGGACACAAUUAACUUUCUUGUUUAUAGAUAGCAAUAAUUUCACUGGAAGGAUUCCCUUUGAACUUGGGCUAUGCACAAAUCUUGAGUACUUGUAUCUAGACCAUAACUUUCUAACAGGCGAGUUGCCUCCCAGCAUGUCCAAUCUUUCCAAACUAGUUGUGUUAGAUUUAGGUCUCAAUAUGCUUUCAGGUGAGUUAGUACCACACCUCAUUGCCAACUGGACACAAUUAACUCUCUUGUUUAUAGAUAACAAUAAGCUCACUGGAAGGAUUCCCUCUGAAAUUAGUUUAUUGACACAACUUCAAUAUCUUGCCCUGCCUAGUAACCAGCUUUCAGGUUGCAUUCCCUCAAACAUUGGGAAUUUGAAAAUGUUGUAUGCACUUUACCUUGGGAAAAACCACCUUUCUUGUCUAAUUCCUUCAACAAUUGGAAAUUUGACAGAGCUCAUUGUGCUAGACCUUUCACACAACUAUCUUAGGGGGUCAUUACCAUGGGAAGUAGGAUAUUUAACAUCACUAUCUGCUGUUUCCAUAAGUUCCAACUUGCUUCACGGACCUGAGACCUUAUCAAUCUUUUGCAAUGUCACAUCUCUUUCAGUCCUUUUCAUAGCUAAUAACAAAUUGAAUGGACAUAUUCCAAAAUGCAUGGGAAACAACACGAAUCUAGAUUCUUUCUUACUUCAUGACAAUCAGUUUCACGGGGGUAUUCCAAAAUCACUCUGCAAUGCAUGCCACCUUCAUUUUCUUGACCUGUCAAGCAAUUACUUGAGUGGUGUCAUUCCAACGUGCCUGGGAAAUUUUAGCAAUCAACUCUCAAUCUUGCGUCUUGACAAUAAUAAUUUGCAUGGUGCUAUGCAUAGAGAGUUUUGCAGUUCAACCUCCUUCAAAUUUGUUGACCUAUCUCAUAAUAGUUUGAGUGGCGUUAUUCCUUCGUGUUUGGGAAAUCUAAGCACAACAUUGUCGCUACUUGAUUUAAGCAUGAAUCACUUUUAUGGAAACAUUCCAGAAGAAGCUUUAAAGGGUGAUGUUCUGCAAAUUCUCAUCUUGCAUUAUAAUGAAUUUGAAGGACCAUUACCUCGUACUCUGCUCAACUGUACAGCUCUCCAAGUUCUUGAUGUUGGAAACAAUGGUCUAAAUGACUCAUUCCCACACUGGUUAGAUGCUCUUCCACAAUUGGCAGUGCUCAUCUUAAGUUGUAAUAAUUUUUAUGGGGUGAUAGGAAAUCCUACCACCAAGAUUCCAUUCCCUAUGCUGCGAGUUCUUGAUCUUUCCAACAAUCACUUCACUGGACAUUUGCCUAAAAAUUAUUUGCUGCAUUUUAUUGGGAUUAUAAAUGAUAUUACUCCUUAUUUAGAAGUAACAGACUCUGAUUACGAUUUGCAUUAUGCUUUUGGAAGCUCUGUAAUGCUUGUGGUGAAAGGAUCUGAGCUUCCAGUGGAAGAAAUUCUAAACCUGUACACACUCAUAGACUUAUCAAGUAACAUGUUUUAUGGAGAAAUUCCUAUUUCCAUUGGAAUCCUUGGUUUUCUUCGGCCUCUCAAUCUGUCUCAUAACAGGCUAACUGGCCAUAUAUUGGGAAAUCUAACAUUGCUUGAAGCGCUAGACAUGUCUUGCAACCAGCUGAGGGGGGAAAUUCCAUGGCAACUAUCAAAGCUUGGAUUUCUGGAAGUACUGAACCUCUCCUAUAAUCAUUUAUUAGGAGCAAUACCCCGCAGCCGGCAACUUGAUACAAUUGGCAAUGACUCCUAUUUGGGGAACACAGCAUUAUGCGGGUUUCCAUUGACACUAGAAUGUGGAGCUAAAAACCCACGUGUGCACUCAAAAGAAGAGGAGGAGGAGGAUUCGGGUUUUUUUAAUGGAUUUUCUUGGCAGAGCGUGACGAUAGGAUACUGCUGUUCAUUUCCAUUUGGAGUUUCUGUGGGAUAUUUUGCUUUGCGGUAUGGAAAACUCAACUGGUUGCUAAGGAAACUCACAUGGAAGAGAAGAAAGGGUUCCAAAAAUACUGUUCCAAGAAGACAUGCUAGAAGAAGAACACAUUAA